AUGUUCCCGGCGUUGGUGUUGUUCGCGGCAUCGAUUUUUUGGGCGAAGUAUUCACCGAACGAUGUCAUCAGUUUGGAAUCACGCGUCUUCUAUUGGACCAUGGGAACGACCUUCUCGAAUAUUGCGUGUCGUUUGAUAGUGGCUCAGAUGACGCAUACACGUGCACCGUCGUUCAAUUUCUUGCUGAGUUUGUAUUGCGGUGUGAUGCUGAUUGCGAUAGUUGGUGAUGUGGACGUAUCGGUCGAGACGAGAUUGUUGCAAGUGCUGGCCGCUGUGAUAACACUGGCUCAUCUACAUUAUGGGAUUUGUUUGGUAAGAUGA